AUAACAAUGGGUGCAUUAUUAACUUGGAAAAAGUUCAGGGUAGAUUACUUCACCUAAUUUCUUUAUCAAGGCCCUUUACACGACAAUUUUGUCUCCUUCGAAGAGCGACACAGAAGCUUGAACAGUGUUUUCGGCAAUGGCGACUCCUGAAGAAACUAAGCUUGACCAGUUUCUUCAAUGGCUAGAGUUGAACAGAGCAGAACUACGUGGUUGUAGAAUCAAAUACAGUGAUUCCAGUAAAGGGUUUGGAAUUUUCUCAUCUAAUCAUGCAUCUGAUGGGAUACUACUGGUGGUUCCAUUAGAUUUGGCUAUAACUCCAAUGAGGGUACUUCAGGAUUCUCUUCUUGGACCUGAAUGUAGGGCUAUGUUCGAGGAAGGGGAAGUAGAUGACAGACUCUUGAUUACCUUAUUUCUAACCGUGGAACACCUACGAGAAAACUCUUCAUGGAAGCCGUACUUUGAUAUGCUUCCAACCACAUUUGGAAAUCCACUUUGGUUUUCUGAUGACGAGCUUUUAGAGCUUAAAGGAACCACAUUGUAUCGGGCUACUCAGUUGCAGAAAAAAACAUUGCAGUCUUUAUUUGAUGAAAAGGUGAAGAGGUUGGCUGAGAAGCUUUUAACUCUCGAUGGACAUCCGGAAAGAGAUGUAAAAUUCGAAGACUUCCUUUGGGCAAACUCCAUAUUUUGGAGUCGAGCACUAAAUAUCCCUUUUCCGCGCUGCUAUGUAUUUCCUAUGGAUUCAGAAGGACAAGAUAGUGCCAUUUCUGGCAAAAUCGUCAAUUCUGCAACACAAACUAAUGGUGGCGGCAGUUUAUCUAAUAGAGAGUCUGCAAAAGUACCGGAAUAUGAUUCACUUCAAGAUAAAGUUGCUUCUACUGCUUCCAUUUCACAAGGAGAGAUAGUUUGGGUGGAAGGUCUGGUCCCAGGCAUCGAUUUUUGCAACCAUGAUUUCAAAGCUGCAGCAACAUGGGAAGUUGAUGGAACAGGAGCGACAACUGGAGUUACUUUCUCCAUGUACCUUCUUUCUGCUGGAGAAAAUCCUUCCAUGAUUGAGAAAGAGAUAUCAAUUAGCUAUGGUAACAAGGGAAAUGAGGAACUGCUGUACCUGUAUGGAUUCGUCAUUAAUGAUAAUCCUGAAGACUAUCUCAUGGUUCAUUAUCCUGUGGAAGCUAUUCAAAACGUUGAUUUCUCAGAGUCCAAAGCUCAACUUCUUGAAGCACAGAAAGCUGAAUUGAGAUGUCUCUUACCAAGAAGUUUGCUAAAUCGUGGAUCUUUCCCUCCAUCCAACUCAUCUGUGGAAGACAAAGAUAAAUCCGUCAGUAGUCAAGUUUGCAAUUAUAGUUGGAGUGGUCAGCGAAAGACGCCCUCUUACUUGCAUAAGCUAGUUUUUCCUGCAGACUUUUUGAAUGCAUUGAGAACAUUAGCAAUGAAAGAAAAUGAGCUUUAUCGUGUUUCUUCCCUACUUGAGGAGCUUGUUGGAUCUGGAGGAGAAAGGCAGCCAACUGACACAGAAGUUCAAGCAGCAAUAUGGGAGGCUUGUGGAGAUUCUGGAGCUUUACAACUUCUUGUUGAUCUGCUUAACAUGAAGAUGUUGGAUCUGGAAGAAGGUUCAGGAACAGAGGAUAAUGACACUGAAUUACUUGAGAAAGCCUGCACCGUGGAAACCCCAGAAGAUUGUGGAGUAUCCAGGACCAGUGACAUUGCCCAGAAUCAUUUGCUGAGCAGAAAUAAGCAAUCUAGCAUAAUAUACCGGCGGGGGCAGAAACAACUAACUCGUCUCUUCCUGAAGGAAGCAGAGCACGCAUUACAAUUAGCAUUGACCGAGGAACUCUAGAUAAUUCUAACCCGAGAUUUUACAUUGUGCAAGAUAGCCUGAUUAGGAAAAGACAAGAGAGCCUGCAUUUCAGGUAGCAUUUUCUGACGGAAUCUUAGAUGUAUACCCAAGAUUUUGAUAAUUAUCUUGCUUGUAGAGUUAAGCCUUGACAGAUAGAGUUAUGUUGUACUUGUGCUGGUGAGAGCGAAUUGGUUCUAGUUAGAUAUUAUUGGUUUUUUCUGAGUCUUCAAUUAGGAAAGAACAGUACUAAGUUUAUAAAUAUCAAAUCAACCAAAUAAUUACAGAAUGAGGGAAAUUUUCUUCAUAUUGAAGUCGAGAUUCUUGUUAGCAACUUGUUGAUAUCUCGAAGAAAUUAUCAGUAUAUUUUCCUGAUAUAUUUUAUUAUAGAUGGGUCAAUUCCUUCAAACAAGUGUUGAAAUAGACUCUUGGGUAGAAAUGAAUUUCUUCUAUUUAGAUUU